UCAUGUUGCAUCAGCUAUGGAAGGAACACAGCUCUCCAACCUUCAGUGUGAACUGAACCCCUAAAGGAACAUCACUGAAGUUUUGAAAUGUCUGUCUGUCUGAUUCAUAAAGAUCAGAAAACUACAUUUUCACACCGCACCUUCAACUUUGUUUAUGAGGGGUAGGGUAAAGUCCAAUAAGCCCUUAAGGUGUGCCUCCUGUAGAAAACUGGGACAAAAGAAACUGGACUGACAUUGAGCAUGUGGGCCACAAAGAGUCAAAGAAAAACAGACAUUUCAACCUGAAGACCCUAGGACCAUGCCUCAGGACUACCUGGCCUGAUGACUCCUUGCUAUCCCCAGUCCACCUGGUCGUGCAGCUGCUCCAGUUUCAACUGUUCUGCCUGUGGCUAUGGAACCCUGACCUGUUCACCGGAUGUGCUACCUGUCCCAGACCUGCUGUUUUUAACUGUCUAGAGACAGCAGGAGAGUAGACAACCAGUGAAGAGACAGAUGACUUCGUGCUGAGGUGUGACCUUUCCUGAGAGCAAAAUGGAGUCGUCUGAUUACAAUGCUGAGUUGGUGGAUGAACACAGGUCCCAGCUCAUUCAGAGGGUCACCAUGGUGAUGCCUAUAGCUGAUGAGCUGCUCUCUGAAGGCAUGAUUCAUAAAGAGAUGUACUCCAACAUCAGUGCUGCCAGAACUGAUGAGGACAAAAUGAGGGAGCUCUUUAAAGCCCUCCAGUCUGGAGGAAACAAAGUGAAAUCUGCCUUUCUCUCCAUACUGAGGGAGAAUGAACCUAAUCUGGUCCAGGAUUUGGAAUUCCACAUCAAACAAGGAGCUCAACAAGCGAACAAAAGCACAGCAACCCUAAAGUACAAGGAAUUCAUCAGAGGUGAAUAUGCCACAGUGCAGGAGUACAACUCUCUCCCUGGAGAACAUGUGAAGCUAGAUGAUCGCUACACUGAGCCCCUAAUCAUCCAGAAACACCGUCAGCAGAGAGAGAGAGAGGAGGAGAUCCGCUCCAGAGGACAGAACUUUUAUCAAGUCAUGGACCAGAGGGACAGCGAGACCUACAAGAGUACCAAAGUGGAGCGGCUGUUUGAUCCAGACGAGCACGGAGACAUUCAGAGAACAGUGAUACUGCAGGGCCACUCUGGAACUGGCAAGUCAUUUACCAGUCAGAAGAUCAUGUCUGACUGGGCCUUUGGAAGACUUUACGAAGACCGAUUUGACUUUGUUUUUCACCUGAAGUGCAAAGAACUGAACCAGGCCACUGGGAGAAAAAGUCUGAUGGAUCUGCUUGACUACGAUCAGAGUUCAUCAUCAAUGAUAAAGCAGGUCCUUCACCAGUCUCCUGAGAGGGUUCUCUUCCUGGUAGACGGCUUUGAUGAACUCAAAUUCUCACUUGAUGUACCUAAAGACUCCCUUCCCAGGGACCCGUGGACACAAUGCUCCCCCGAAGUGACACUGAGUGGCCUGAUACGGAAACAGAUCUUGCACGAGUCCUUUCUGCUUGUUACCACCAGGUCCACAGCGUUGGUCAAACUAAAAGAAGUGGUCAAACAUCCAGUGAGAUACGCUGAGAUAUUGGGCUUUUCUAAAGAGGGGGUGGAGGAAUACUUCAAUAGAUUCUUCAAGAAGAAGCAACACUCACAGCAAGCCUAUGACGCUGUGAGAAAAAAUGAAACCCUUUUCACCGCAUGUUUCAUUCCAGUCAUCUGCUGGAUCAUUUGCACAGUUUAUAGGGAGCAGUUUGAUGAAGGCACAGAGAUGAUACAAUCGCUGGAGACCACCACCUCCAUCUUUGUUGAAUUUGUUGACACUCUGUUGAAGCACCACUGUCAGGAUUUGGGUCAGUCAGCUCUUACUAUCCUCCAAGGACUAGGCAAGCUGGCAGAAAAGGGAAUGGAAGAGCAGCAGGUGUUAUUUGACCAUGAUAGUGUGUCACAGACAGUGUCAGAUCCUUCCAAAGUCCCCUUCUUGUGUAUGUUUCUCCAAAAGAAGAGAGUAAGUCAGACUACUAUGUACAGGUUCAUGCACCUCUACUUCCAGGAGUUUUUCACAGCCCUCUCAUACAUGUUACUGGGUGAUGAGGAAGCUCAGGAGAAAGUUAGAGAGCUACUUUCUAAGGUUCGACAUGGACUGCUACACUUUCACCUCCUGCCCAUUGUUCAAUUUCUCUUUGGCAUCUUAAACAAGGAAGUUGCAAAACGACUGGAGGAAAAACACAUCUCUUGUUCUCAAGGAAUCUGGACCCAGCUCAAACAUUUUAUUCUGGAAGUCAUUGAAAAAGGAAAGGAGGAUCAAAUCGUUAGACGUACAAUGCAGCUUUUCACAUUUCAUUGUCUAUAUGAGCUCCAUGCAGAUGAUUUUGUUAAAGAAGCCAUGGAAACAUACACAGACAUUAAUAUGUCAGGAAGUCCUCUGAAGAAAACAGACUGUUGGGUGUUGAUGUAUUGUCUUCAGCAUUGCAAGUCUAUCGAAUGUCUUGAACUGAGUGGGUGCAAUUUAACUGCAGAGAACAUGAAAAUCCUUCUGCCAGCGUUGCAGAAAUGUAAAGCUCUUGUGUUGCAGGUGGACGACCUAGCUGAAGAUGAUUUAGAUGGUCUGUUGACAGCGCUGGGAGAAGGAAAGAGUUUGGAGCUGGAUCUGCGUAACACCAACUUCUCUGAUGAGAAAGUACAGGACUUGCUUGUUUGUCUCACUAAACACAAAACCAGAAAAGUUCAAAUUGGAGUGAAGUCCAUCACCAGCAAUACAGCUGACAAAUUCAUGUCCCUCAUCAAUAAGGCACAUGGAGACUUGGAUCUGAUAAAGCUUCAUAAUUGUAGGAAUGUUGGAUUGAGUGUCCAGCUACAGAAAGAUGGAGUGAGAGCUCCCCAAAUUGUUCUUUGGUUAAAAGUGCCAGAGAUGAAAAUGAUCUGUGACUCUAUCAGAACAUCUGGCUACAGUUUGACUGGAGUGAAGUUGAGAGUGAGGCGUGUGGAUGACGAGCGCCCAUUCCUCUACCCUACAAACGAUUGUAGGUUAACGUUACACAUAGACAGGCCUCUCAGAUGCGGCGUAGAGCGUGAAGGUCAACAGUCAGCACUCAGCAGCAUUGAGAUGUCCCUAUAUGGCGAUGAUGUAUUUGACUGGAGACGCAUCCAACAGCUACGUCAAACUCUGAAGCAUAAGCCAGAGUGGGAUGAGCAUGCUGAUGAACUGAUCUCGCUGCUACACUCUCAAACCUCUCUGGGUGAAAUCGUUCUGUUGGUGAGCAGCUUGACAGAGAGGUGUGCUGCCAGUGUAAUCCGUCUGAGCCAGGCCUGUUCCAACCUGAAGGACAUAAUCCUUCAAGUAAACGGUUUCUUAUUGGAGGAAGGAAUACAAUGCUUACGUGAAUCAAAGAGGCGCCCAGAUUGCCAGUUACUUCUCUUGGGGAGGAGAUGCAGGAAGCUUGCUGACCAGUGCUCUGAGGAGAAGGACAAGCGGCUCAGUUGUAAUGACAACGUUUUACUCGCUCUACAUGGAGAAUCAUUCAUAGAGAUUGUGUUAAGGCAUGGGAAGGAAAGCGGUAUUGAUGACACGUGGAAUGGGAACGAAAUCAAUAUUGAUGACAUGUGGAAUGGGAACGAAACCAAUAUUGAUGACAUGUGGAAUGGGAACAAACUCCAUAUUUAUGACACGUGGAAUGGGAACGAAAACGAUAGUGAUGACAUGUGGAAUGGGAAAGAAAGCAAUAGGCCUAGAGAUGAUAUAAAGUGUAAAGGGUGUUACGGGGACAAGGUGGAGUGGCAAUUCAACUGCUCAGACAUGAGAUGUAUGUGGCAGGGCCUCCAGACAAUCACGGAUUACAAAAACAGAUGCCUCGCUCUGGACGAACUAAACACCUUCUUUGCCCGCUUCGAGGAAAACAUCAUCGAGCCACGGACGUUCGUGAGCACUGUGUGCUCUCGACAUGCUGAGUUGGUGGAUGAACACAGGCCCCAGCUCAUUCAGAGGGUCACCAUGGUGAUGCCUAUAGCUGAUGAGCUGCUCUCUGAAGGCAUGAUUCAUAAAGAGAUGUACUCCAACAUCAGUGCUGCCAGAACUGAUGAGGACAAAAUGAGGGAGCUCUUUAAAGCCCUCCAGUCUGGAGGAAACAAAGUGAAAUCUGCCUUUCUCUCCAUACUGAGGGAGAAUGAACCUAAUCUGGUCCAGGAUUUGGAAUUCCACAUCAAACAAGGAGCUCAACAAGCGAACAAAAGCACAGCAACCCUAAAGUACAAGGAAUUCAUCAGAGGUGAAUAUGCCACAGUGCAGGAGUACAACUCUCUCCCUGGAGAACAUGUGAAGCUAGAUGAUCGCUACACUGAGCCCCUAAUCAUCCAGAAACACCGUCAGCAGAGAGAGAGAGAGGAGGAGAUCCGCUCCAGAGGACAGAACUUUCAUCAAGUCAUGGACCAGAGGGACAGCGAGACCUACAAGAGUACCAAAGUGGAGCGGCUGUUUGAUCCAGACGAGCACGGAGACAUUCAGAGAACAGUGAUACUGCAGGGCCACUCUGGAACUGGCAAGUCAUUUACCAGUCAGAAGAUCAUGUCUGACUGGGCCUUUGGAAGACUUUACGAAGACCGAUUUGACUUUGUUUUUCACCUGAGGUGCAAAGAACUGAACCAGGCCACUGGGAGAAAAAGUCUGAUGGAUCUGCUUAACUACGAUCAGAGUUCAUCAUCAAUGAUCAAGCAGGUCCUUCAGCAGUCUCCUGAGAGGGUUCUCUUCCUGGUAGACGGCUUUGAUGAACUCAAAUUCUCACCUGAUGUACCUAAAGACUCCCUUCCCAGGGACCCGUGGACACAAUGCUCCCCCGAAGUGACACUGAGUGGCCUGAUAUGGAAACAGAUCUUACCCGAGUCCUUCCUGCUUGUCACCACCAGGUCCACAGCAUUGGACAAACUGAUUGGAGUGGUCAAACAUCCAGUGAGAUACGCUGAGAUAUUGGGCUUUUCGGAGGAAGGCGUGAAGGUCUACUUUGAGAAGUUCUUCAAACAGAAGAAACACUCACAUCAAGCCUAUGACUUUGUGAGGGAAAAUGAAACACUUUUCACCGCAUGUUUCAUUCCAGUCAUCUGCUGGAUCAUUUGCACAGUUUAUAGGGAGCAGUUUGAUGAAGGCACAGAGAUGAUACAAUCGCUGGAGACCACCACCUCCAUCUUUGUUGAAUUUGUUGCCACGCUGUUGAAGCACCACUGUCAGGAUUUGGGUCAGUCAGCUCUUACUAUCCUCCAAGGACUAGGCAAGCUGGCAGAAAAGGGAAUGGAAGAGCAGCAGGUGUCAUUUGACCAUGAUAGUGUGUCACAGACAGUGUCAGAUCCUUCCAAAGUCCCCUUCUUGUGUAAGUUUCUCCAAAAGAAGAGAGUAAGUCAGACCACUAUGUACAGCUUCAUGCACCUCAGCUUCCAGGAGUUUUUCACAGCCCUCUCAUACAUGUUACUGGGUGAUGAGGAAGCUCAGGAGAAAGUUAGAGAGCUACUUUCCAAGGUUCGACAUGGAAAAGAAAACAGUCACCUGCUACCCAUAGUUCAAUUUCUCUUCGGCAUCGCAAACAAGGAAGUGGGAAAACGGCUCGAGGAUAAAAAAUACAUCUCUUGUUCUCGAGGAAUCUGGACCCAGCUCAAACAUUUUAUUCUGGAAGUCAUUGAAAAAGGAAAGGAGGAUCGAAUCGUUAGACGUACAAUGCAGCUUUUCACAUUUCAUUGUCUAUAUGAGCUCCAUGCAGAUGAUUUUGUUAAAGAAGCCAUGGAAACAUACACAGAUAUUCAUCUGACCGGGACUCCCAUGACAAACACAGACUGUUGGGUGUUGAGGUAUUGUCUUCAGCACUGCAAGUCCAUUGAAAGUCUUGGUCUGAGUGGGUGCAACUUAACUGCAGAGAACAUGAAAAUGCUUUCACCAGGGUUGAGAAAAUGUAAAGAUCUUGUACACUUCAGUCACUCCACUGGUUGUUUUUGGGAUACUGUUUGUAGGUUGCAGGUGGAUGACCUAGCUGAUGAUGAUUUAGAUGGUCUGUUGACAGCACUGGGAGAAGGAAAGAGUUUGGAGCUGGAUCUGCAUAAGACCAACUUCUCUGAUGAGAAAGUACAGGACUUGCUUGUUUGUCUCACUAAACACAAAACCAGAAAAGUUCAAAUUGGAGUGAAGUCCAUCACCAGCAAUACAGCUGACAAAUUCAUGUCCCUCAUCAAUAAGGCACAUGCAGACUUGGAAAGCAUAGAGCUUCAUAGUUGUGGGAAUGUUGCUUUGAGUGGCCAGCUACAGAAAGAUGGAGUGAGAACUCCCCAAACUCAUCUUAGGUUGAAAGUGUCAGAACUACGAAUGAUCUGGGUCUCCAUCCGAGCAUCUGGCUACAGUUUGAGUGAUGUAGAGUUGAAUGUGUGCCGUGUGGCUGACCUAUCAGACACUGACGUGGAUGACCUGCUUGCAAUCAUCCUCCCUGUAGACAAAUUAAGGUUUACUAUUGAACACAACGAUUUAAAUGAUUGCGAUAGUUGGAGUGAAGUUCUACAGUUCCAGUCAGCAGUCGGAAGAAUUGAAUUAACCCUAUCUGGCAAUCCUGUAUUUGACUUGAGAAGCUUCUUUCAGCUAUUUCCCACUCAACAUCCAGAGUGGGAUGAGCAUGUUGAUGAACUGAUCUCGCUGCUUCACCAUGACACCUCUCUGGAGGAAAUAACUCUGAUGGUGAGCAGCAUGACAGAGAGGUGUGCUACCAGUGUAGUCCGUCUCAGCCAGGCCUGUCCAAACCUAACGACGAUAUCCGUUAAUGUAAUCGGUUUCUUAUUGGAGGAAGGAAUACAAUGCUUACGUGAAUCAAAGACGCUCCCAGACUGCACGUUAGUCGUCACAGGGCAGAGAUGCAGGAAGGCUACUGUCCAGUGUACUGACAGGAAGGACUGGAUGCUCAGUUGUAAUGAAUUUGUUCAGUGCACUUUAGAAGGAGAAACAUUCUCAGAGACAGAUUGUGACGAUAGUCCAUGUUGUAAUAUUCUAUAUUGACCAUGACAAAAGCCCUGUUUAUACCUGGAGCUAACAUCCUGUGUCCUGAUCUUGUCCACAUUCUGAUUGUGUCCACAUUUUCAGAAACAUGUCUACACAUAGAUAGUAUUAAAAUGUGUCUCAUCUAUCUGUC